CAGACAGCCGGUAUAUAACUGCAGACCGCGAGUCUGCGAUCGCUCAGUUCCGCUCGCUCCACUCUUUAAUAAAGCCGUUUGAGAGUCGACGCCGAACUUGAAUUAUUUGUGUCCUUUAUUCAGCAGUCAAGUGUUACGAUGCGUGUUAUUACAUACAACUGUUAUGACUCUUGGUGCAGUUUCGGCCGACAGCAAUAAGUCUGCCCGAAUGCGGAAGUGUCCAAAAGCUUUUAAAAUGGACUACGGCAGCUUGUUGUGCUGCACCGCGGCUUUUGUGCUGUACUGCAACACUCUCACGUCGGAGUUUGUCUAUGACGACCGACGCGCCAUUCUGACCAAUCCAGAUCUAUUGCCAAAGACACCAUGGUCUCAACUUUGGGAGAACGAUUUCUGGGGUACGCCCCUGUCGGACAGUGGCUCCCACGGAUCCUAUCGACCACUGAGUGUACUAACUUUCCGCCUAAAUUACCUGUUCGGAGAGUUCAAUCCAUGGGGGUACCACUUCGUAAACAUCUUGCUCCAUUGCUCAGCAACAUUCUUGCUCAUUAGAGUAGCCAGGAAGUUACUACCGAAAAGUAGAAAAGAUAUGGGAUCACUAAUUACUGGAGCUCUGUUUGCCGCCCAUCCUAUUCAUACCGAAGCUGUAGCAGGAAUUGUAGGUAGAGCAGAUUUGGCCGCUUGCAACCUAUUUUUCCUAUCACUGCUGGCCUACAUGUCCCACGUAGCCAACAGAGACUCCGUUUGUUGCUCAAAGAUACCCACCAAUAACGUAACUCAUCACAAGCACGGUUCCAAAAGGUACGACAAAUUUGCCGUUACCUUACAGAAAAGCGUAACUAGCUGCAACUGGCCCAACAAAAACCUACUGCAUCAUGAACCAGGGGCCAACAGCGGCUCCAAAAGGGCUAAAGAAGGAUCCGCGCGUUGGUGCUGCUGGAAGUUGUUCCUCAAAGAGUGGUUUUAUGUGAUUUUAAGCGUUGUACUAGCUGUUUGUGCGAUGCUGAGCAAGGAGACUGGUAUUACUGUAUUGGGAAUUAGUUUCGUCUAUGACUUCGUCUACGCUAAAGCUCAGAACAAGAAGCAGCAUAGGAGUUUAGUCGUCCUAUUCGUCUCAUUGGUAUUUAUCCUGAUAGCCAGAUUACAGACGCGUGCUCCACAUUUUUCCACCGCUGAUAAUCCAACAGCUAAGGACCAGAGCUUCUUCAACAGGGCUUUCACGUUUUCCUAUUUGACCGUCUUCAAUUUCUGGCUAUUGAUCUUUCCAGACGAGUUGAGCUUCGACUGGGGCAUGGAGGCCAUACCGAGAGUAAAAAGCGUACGGGAUCCGAGGGUUUUGUGCACCGGUGUGUUUUACUGUAUCCUAACUUGUAUAGUGUGUAAAUGUGUGAUGAGUGUACAAAAACUGAAAGAGGACGACAACGCCAAAAAGCAGAAGAGAUUUUCAGCAAAUACAGGAUGUUUUGUCUGCUGCAGAAAAACAUCAGACAGCCACUCCCGUAUCUGCCGAUCAAACAAUAACAACAACAACGCAAUUCUAACCUGCACCUGUAACAACUCCGCCACUCAUCGAAAAGCUACUCCUUCCGGUGUAAUUCUUUUCUCCAUAGCUCUGAUGACCAUACCAUUCCUCCCCGCCACCAAUCUCUUUUUCUACGUGGGCUUUGUCGUGGCCGAAAGGGUACUCUACGUACCUAGUGCGGGUUUCUGUCUCUUGAUCGGAUUUGUUUGUGCUGAAAUGCUUAAGCGUCGUCGGUUCCGGGUAAUGUUUAGUGCCGGGCUCGUGCUGGUACUGCUGGCGUUCGGUGGCAAGACGAUUUGGAGGAAUGGAGACUGGGCUGAUGAGGAGGCGUUGUAUAGAAGCGCGAUACCGUUCAAUCCUGCAAAGGCUUAUGGUAAUUUGGGCAGCAUCCUCAGCACCAAAGGACGAACGUUGGAAGCGGAGGAGGCCUUCAGAAAAGCCCUAGAUUUCCGACCGAACAUGGCCGACGUUCAUUACAACUUGGGCAUUCUGCUUCAGGGCAGAAAUGAGCUGGACGAAGCAAUUCAGAGCUACCAGAAGGCGAUUCAUUUUAGGCCAUCUUUAGCACUGGCUUAUGUCAACAUGGGUACUGCUCUGAUUGCUGCCGGAAGGUGUCAAGAAGCUAUAACAAUACUGAGACAAGGAUCUAAACUAGACGGCACUGGCUUACGUGAUCGCCGUGAACACGAGUCCGCUAGAAUAUCAGCUUUGCUACAGUUGGGUGCUUUGUACAGUGACCAAGGAAGAUUACCAAGAGCUGUAGCCGCAUACAAAGAAGCUGUGCACAUCUUGCCUAGUUAUUAUCCACCUCAAAAAUUGUUUAACAUACUUGGCGAGACUCUAGCCAAAAUGCAACAAGACGAGGAAGCUGAAAAAUGGUACAGAGCCGCUCUGGCUGCCGAACCAAAUCAUGUUGCUGCUCACAUCACUUACGGAAAGCUACUGGCAAAAAACGUUAGCAGAUCGGCGGAAGCCGAACAAUGGUUUCGCAGGGCUCAGCGCUUGGCCCCCGAGGACGCCAGCGUUUACCACCACUACGGUGCGUUCCUAGCUUUGAGUAGGCGAUUCAAGGAAGCGGCCAUAUUGUACGAGAAAGCCGCCGAACUGCGGUAUGACGAUUACGAGUUGGCCGUGGCCGCUGCCACUGCUAUGAGAAAGGCAGGACGACAGGAAGAUGCAGAGAAGUGGUACAGGAGAGCAUUGUCUAUGAAACCUUCGGAUCCAAGAGGCCAUACAAAUUUAGGUGCCAUGUUGCAUUUGAACGGAAAAUACAAAGAAGCUGAACACUGCUACAAGGAAGCCCUUCGAAUUCAGCCUGAUGACUUCACAACAAUUACCAACUUACAGAAACUGCACGGUUUGAUGACUUGACCAUAAACAGAUUACAAAGAUUACGAAAUUAAUUUCACCACAAACCGGAAUUUUAAUUAUUACAUCCAAAAAAAUAUUUUAUAUUUUAGAAAUUCGUCUUCCAGUUUAUUCGGUUGACUUAAACAUCUUUUAAAAUAUCUACUUUCAAAAAUUAUCGUAAAUGAUUUGCAAGAUUUAGAGCAUAGUUAAGAUUCCGGAUACUCUUUGUUGCAUGAGAAAUUAAACUUUUUUUAUUUUAAUUAAAUUAUUAUAUGUAGUAUUUACAUUUUUUUUUGCUACUAGUUCUAGGAACUGUUUUCCUAAAUUCUUAAACAAAUACUGGAAUUAAGUUAAUUAAGAAGAGAAAGUUAUAAAAUAUAUUGUAUUAUUGUUUAAACAUGUACUAUAAUUUAUGAUUUAGUCCUUUCCUAUCAAUGUCAUAUUAUUGUAGAGUUGGUUGCUAAAACAUAAUACGACUCAUAAUAUAUUACAAUGUUAACAUUAAGGGUAACUCUGUGUUUGAUAAUCUAUUGUCUCUAAAGAAUAAGAUAUCUAUAGAUGAACGGUGUCAUAUAUAAACAUACAACUAACAUAACCAUAACUAAAAAUAUUAAUCAGAAUAUUUUUGCAAUGUCAAUAAGUAGCAUUACAAGCAUUAUAUCAGAUAAAUGUUGUAACUUUGGCGACAAAAUUUGGCCAGGAAAUAAUAGUGGUCAACUUUGUUCAUAACCAUGAAAUGCAUACCCUUUGUCAGAUUUCAAUUAAAAGAAAUAUCUAAGUACCACGGCAAAUGGUACGGACCUUUUCUUACAGAGGGACCACCAAACUUGUAGUGGUCAAAAUAAAUUGAAAAAUAAAAAAGAAUUUUUAAGACAAUAUUAACGAUGAUCGACAGUGAUAAUCUUCAUUUAAUAAUUAGGCCUAAAACUAAUUUUAGUAUAAUAUUAACACUAAGUAAAGGAAGAAGGGGGUUUCUGCAUCCUAUUUCUCCUUUCUUUUGUAAUUUAUGAUGACGGACAAACAUUAAAACACGAAUAAAAAACGCUAAUAAAAAAAUAAGAGCAGUAAAAAAUAACUGAAAAGCAAAAAAUAGCGUGAAAAAGUAAAAUUAAUAAAAGCAUUACAGAUUAAGAGGAGAAGUAGGAUGUAUAAACUUUCUUCUCCCACUACACUAUACUACAGCAUGAUAAAAAAACGGCGUCAACGAUGACUAUGAAAUGACGAUCGCUGUCAUUUCUUAUGUAACACUUAAAACUAACACUUCUUUGUUCACUUUCCAUGUAAAAUUAUAUAGGGAAUGUCAUCGAUGUUCAUUUCCAAGCCAACUGGACGCCGUUUUUAUUCGAUCAUACCAUAAAACAUUUACAUUUUCUGCUUUUAGUACCUACAUAUAAAGUACGUCUACUGGAUUUGUGUCUAUAAAAUUAAUUUUAAAAAUACGGACACAUAUUGGAGUAUGAUCAAUUUACUACAAAAUACAUUUAAAUAAACACCAAUAUAGUUUAUAGAUCGCUACCUAUAUACAAGCGUAGAGAGUCCACGUGGACUUGACGAGUAUGUCACCGGUAAUCCUGUAAAAUCCGCCCACUCAUUAUAUUGGCUGCUUGCAAAUUUGACAAAUUUUUAUUGGCGGGACCCGACGUCUAGUUUUUUACGAGAAACAUCGAUUAAAACGGCAGCAGACCGAGCUUGGAGAACAAAGCAAUAGUUAUCGGUGAUGCUGUUACGUGAUUUUAUUGAUCUUAAUUUUUUUAAAUUUUAUAAUGAUUAUAGGUUGUCGCCCACUAGAGCGCGGCGCGGCGCGGCGCCACCUGGAAAUUUCUUUAAUCUGCUUGCCAUGUAUUUAAACGGACCAACGCACAUUGGAACUUGAAACACACGGAAGUAAUUUUGCAUCUAGAAUCUCUUCAAUUGGCUUUUUGACUGGGAACUAGUGAUACGUAUCAAUGGUAGAAUUGUAUUUUUUAAAGGUAAAUCAAGCAAACAGAGUUUUAUAAAGGAAUAUGAUAUUUUUUUUAGUCUUUCCUAACUAGAGUUUUAAUGUUUUAAUAUCAAAGAUUUAAUAUAAUUGGUGUAGAAGCAACAGGCAAUCUCCACUUUUUAACAAAAGUGACAAUCUCCAAUUUCUAAUUACCUAAAAAUAUCAAAAAUAUUAGGGAUUUUUCAUCAAACAACUAAUAUAUACAUCAGAAUAAAUAAGAAUUAUCAAAAGUCGUCAGCUAUAAGCGAUUCAUUAUUGCUUAUUAUAAAUUUGUCUCUUCUAAAAAAAUAUUAUGAGUGGAGAUAGCCGGUUUUGUUUCUAAAACCUUCAAUUGAGGAGUUCGUAAAAUUUUUCCUUUAUCAUUUGAAGAGAAGACGGAAAAACGAUGAAAGUCCAUUUUUUGUUAAUUUGGUUUUAAUGCAUAACAUUUUCCAUUUCAAAAAGCUAAUAAAAGCUCCGUAAGCCAAAAAAAUUGCUCUUAUAUUUUAUUAAAUUAGGUAAAAGGUGGUGAAAUUCUCAUAACUCUUUUUUAUUGAUCUUAUGAGUCCAAACUUUCCUUUUCUUUUUCACCUGCUCUUCCACUUCGUUUGUUAGAAGAGCACAAAAAAUACACUUCCGCCCGAACUUGAACUCAUUGUUUUAAAAACUAAACUGCAGUAAGGAAAAAACACUUCGACUAGCUAAAUAGCGUUUCGGCGUUUUAGAAGCGCGCUAUAGUGGGCGCAGUCCCUUCGCAGCCGGAAAAAAAUCCCUUCCCAGCGCCGCGCCGCGCCGCGGCCUAGUGGGCGACAACCUUAUGUCUCAUUUACGUGGAAAAACUUUGAAAAAAUAAAACUAAUUGGAUAUUUUAAAAUUUUUUGUUUAAAUAGGUCAGUAACUUAUCUAAAAUAUUUAUGGCACUCACAUGAAUUUCCUGUUGUGCGAGAAUUUUAUUUCCACCCUUACAGGGGGCCCCAUAGCUACAGAAUCGAUCGACGUACUGUAGAUGUUUGCGUAUUUUCAUUUAUUUAUUGUGAAAAUUUUGUAGGAAAAACAUUUUAUUUAAUACUCGUCAACAAUAAUUAAAAUUGCGUUAUUUUCUGGAUGUGACUGAUUUUAUUUUCCCUUACAGUCAAUGUGCUUUUUGUAGAUAAUUGAAAGCUUCUCUAAUUCAGAAUUGUAUAGCUCUAUUUAAUCAAAACCAGCAAUUUAUUUUCACGGAAUUUUAAUUAAACAAUUAUUUAUACGUUGUAUAACAAUACUAUUCUCUUUUUGAAGCUAUAAAAGUUAUCCAAAAUAUAUUUUGCAAUUUUCACAUGUAUAUUUGCCUUUACAACCCUCGAAAUGGGUAAAUAAAAAUAAUAUAUUUUGUUUAUUUUUUAGGAACAUUGGUAAACUGUUUUUAGCGAACAAAGCGAAUGGCGAUAGUGCAAAAUUCCGUAACAGCCCUGAAAGGGUACUUUCCAUUAGGGUAGAUAGUACUACUGCUGAUUCUUCUUUUGUCCGUAUAUAUUUAGGAGGCUAGGACUUUUCUACGUAAAAAAGAUGCUCUUCGUUUAGUUCGAAACGUUGAAUGGUUUUCAAGAUAUUUGCGUUUAAAGAUUACGAUGCAUCAAUUUUAGUAUUAUUUAAGAUUAAUUAAUUUAUAUAAUUUCAUAAUAUUUUAAAGUAAGAGUAGGAAAUCUCAAAAAAAUGGUUGACCAAUUUUCUUUAAAAUAAAGAAAAUAUACUAUUUUUAUUUCGAGGGUUGUAACUUUGUUGGGAAGCAUUUUAGAGCAUAUGUUCAUAGGAACAUUAUGAUUAUUGUUAGUUUCUAGUAGUUAGUACGCAGAAAAAAAAAUCGUGGGUGUUUGGGAAGGCUCGAAAGGAAACAAUAUUUUUGCGACGUUUCGCGACUUUAUUGUCGCUUCUUCAGGCACUAUAGAAAAAGCAUUUUUUUAAAAAAUAUCAAAACAAAAUUAAUUGGCCACUUACCCAAAACAUAUAUUAAUCCAUAUGCCUACAAACAUUCAUGGCAAUACCAACCGCCAACACUAAGACACAUACAGAAGAACGAACAGAAACUUAACGGGUAUAACAGUUAAAUUAAUUUUGGUUCCAAAAAGGAUUGAUUUUUUGUUUCCUUUAUCAUUCAUUUCUUUCCCCGUGUUUCUGGUGCUCUUAAGAGCCCUACUCAAUUUCUUAUAUGUGCAGGCUGGUCGUCAUCGCCAUAAACAAACAAAUGGAAUCAUAAAAGUGGGCAUCAUAAUGGAAUCAUAAAAGAAUUAAAAUUUAAUAAUUUUUUGAAAUUAUUUGUCAACAAAUAAAAGAUAAAAGAAUAAAGAAAAAGUAUUUAAAAUUAAAGAAACAUAUAAAAGAAUAAAAAUUGCGUUUAGUUGAAAUCGAAAAAAAUAAUACAUUGAGUACACAAGUAGGUAUAAACAUAUGUAUAAACAAAAAUAAUUAACAGGUUUGCCAUGAAUGUUUGUAGUGCCUUCAUAGGAACGUUCUGUUUUAUUUUUAUCUGUAGAAUCACCCAUCGAAGUUAGAUACACUGUUUUUUGGCACCCUGUAUAUAGGAAAAUAUUUGGAUAUUUCUUCAUUAAAUCAGGAAACUAAAAUAUAAAGAGAAAAAUCGUAAUAAUUUUUUUUCAAAAUUGUAAUAUUUUUUUUCAUAAUCUAACAAACCAAAUCAUGAUACUUUUAUUAUAUUUUUUUGCAAUUGUAUUAUUAUUUCAUAGUUAUUACUACUUAUUAUUUUUUAGUUUUAACGGAUGUGAUUCUCCUAGGUCAGAAGCAAAAAAACUUAAAUUAAAAUGUUUAUAAACUUUGCUUUAAAAGUUUAAAAUAACCAAUUAAAAAUUAAAAUAUAAUUAACAGGAUAAUGGACCGCAAGUCAGGCGGAAACUCAAUUUCGAAGGUAAGGAAAUAUAAUCUCUUGAAACUAUAUAAUAAUAUAUUGAGUGCUAUGGACUAACUGAAAUGUUUCUCUUGAGCUACAUCAAAUUUGGGACAGUAAAAAGAGAUUGGAAUUUGUUAAAAUGGUAAAUAAAUCAUAAUACUAUUCAAUGUUUUUAAAUUAUAAUUAGAAAAUUUGUUUUUUUGUUUAGUUUUGGGCCUAAGGAGUAAAAAUUAUAGAAAUAAGAAGCAUCAAUAUUAAUUGGUGAAAAUGUAUAUAAUAUAAUAUAUUUGUUUAAAAAUUUGAAAUUGGUAAACUAUGAUGUUUAAAUUGUCACAUAUCUUUUCAUCGAUGUAAUAAUAUAAUAUUUUAAGCGAUAAUAUAUGUGUAUAUUAUGCGGAUUAUUAAUAUGAAUUUGUUGUUUUAGGAAAUAGUGUUUAUGCUCAUUCCUCCUCAAUCUAAUCAAAAUGUACUCUAGUAAUGACAAAAUAAUGUUUGUCUAUUUGCUAGAAUUUAAAUUUUUCUAUGAUUACUUAAAAAAGUGACCUCCAACUAUAUGAUGUUCUGUAUGUCAUAAAUAUACAGGGUAAUUAAAAUUUGACUGAAAUUAUUUCAUGUUUGGUUAAAUUCCACUUCGUGGAAUAGAAAACUAUAGAAUCAGUUUCACUGUCAAAAAUUUAAAAGUAACAUCUAAGCUAAAAAGGUAUAACGUCUACUACCUUUUUUUCGAUUACAUAUUUAUUUUAUUAUCAGUAUUCAAUUCUUUUUGGUCACUUCUUGUUUCACUGGAAAUGACUAAAACUUUUAAUAUUUAAACGGCAUCGUCGGUAUAUUUUUACUUUAUAAAAAAUAAAAAAAUUACAGGGGCGAGCCACUUUUGAGACACACCCGGUAUAUUUGAAACUAAAAAUUUUCAAUUUUUCUUUUUUUAUUAUUAAAAAGAUUUUGACCUACUCCAUUGUUUACUAACUUUCACAAUGGUUUAACCAUUGAAUAAAACAAAAAGUUGACAAGGCACCAAACGGGUCAGUAUAGCUGAUUUGAAUUUUGGCUUAAGAAGAGCAGUUUGAUGCUAAAAGAAAAACAUUUUACAGUCUGCGCAAGUAACUAUUUUUGAAGUGUUUUUCUAUUAUUCUUAAUAAAUUCUCUGUAACUCAAAUCCUAACAGAAAAUAUCCAGAUUUAUAUAUUGUGCAUAAAACGCACUACAAAAUAAACUGGAAAAAAAUAUAAAAUAAGCACAAAGAACCGCUGGUAACAAAUUAGUAAAAAUUCAAAAUGGCCAAAAGAAAAGUUAUUCCCGUAUUUAAUUUAACCAUAUAAAAAUAGAACUCUUUCUUUAUUCAAUGGAUUUUACAAAAAAAAGCAGACAGACGGAUAAUCAGUAUUAUAAACGUGCUAAAGCUUUACACAUUAGAUUUUUAUAAGAAAAUGAACUGGUAUACUUUAGUUCCUUUUCAUUUUUCAAUUUAUAUUCAACCCUGUGUAUAUAAAAUCCUUUCAACUCUCCCCACUCAUUUUUCAUACAAAAACUCGCCCCCCCCCACUACCAUACCAGAGAGCCCUAAAACAACAAAUCAGCCUUCCGCCUAUUGGUAAAUUUUCCGAGGCUUUUCGUCAUAGAUUUUCUUGUGGCUGGAAACUUUUCAACAACGAAUAUGGUCCUUACGAAAUCGUUUUUGAAAAGGUUUUCCGGAGUUUCCGACUCUGUAAGCUUCUCAUAGUGUAAUAGAUUCCAAACGAUAUAUUGUUAGCUUUCUAUGGAUAUUAAGCUCUAUUUGAAUUAUAACAUGUAUUAACUGAAUCUGUAAAAUAAAGCUUCACUUAUUUUGUGUAAAA